GGGUGUUCCGACAUGUUGGAGUCCUACGUCACUCCCUUGUUGAUGAGCUAUGUGAACCGCUACAUUAAGAACUUGAAGCCCUCUGACCUUCAGCUCUCUCUGUGGGGUGGAGAUGUGGUGCUCAGCAAGCUCGAGCUGAAGCUGGACGUCCUGGAGCAGGAGCUGAAGUUGCCUUUCGCUUUCCUGAGCGGUCACAUCCACGAGCUGCGAAUCCACGUGCCAUGGACCAAGCUGGGCUCGGAGCCCGUGGUCAUCACCAUCAACACCAUGGAGUGCAUCUUAAAGCUGAGAGAUGGAGCUCAGGACGACCAUGAGAGCUGUGGGUCCAGCUCCACCAGCCGCAGCGCCUCGGAGAGCGCCAAAUCCCUUGCCAAGCCCCGCCGGGUCCAGCAGGCGGCCCCUAGCGACCCCGACCUGCCCCCAGGGUACGUGCAGAGCCUGAUCCGCCGCGUGGUCAACAAUGUCAACAUUGUGGUCAACAACCUGAUCCUCAAGUACGUGGAGGACGACAUUGUGCUGUCCGUCAACAUCACCUCGGCCGAGUGCUACACGGUGGACGAGUUCUGGGACCGUGCCUUCAUGGACAUAGCAGCUCCCGAUCUGGUCCUGAGGAAGGUCAUCAACUUCUCCGACUGCACCGUCUGCCUGGACAAGCGCAACGCCAGCGGGAAGAUCGAGUUCUACCAGGACCCGCUGCUCUACAAGUGCUCCUUCCGCACGCGUCUGCACUUCACCUACGACAACAUCAACUCCAAGAUCCCGGCCGUCAUCAAGAUCCAGACGAUGGUGGAGAGCCUGAAGCUGUCCCUCACUGACCAGCAGCUGCCCAUGUUCAUCCGCAUCAUGGAGCUGGGCGUGGCCUUGUACUACGGCGAGAUUGGCGGCCACAAGGAGGGCGAGGGCGAGGACCCCGGUGGCCAUGCCAGGGAGACUGCGGCCAACAUCACCAGUAUGGAGGGUGAGGGGGAGGCGAAGGCGUUGGCGGGGCAGUACCCGAACCCCGAGCUGUACCUGCAGAGUGGGGAGGGGGACGAGCAGGGCUGGGUGUCCUGGGCCUGGUCGUUUGUGCCCGCCAUCGUCAGCACGGGGGAGGAGGAGGAGGCCGAGGAAGGCUACUACCAGGAGGCGGAGGAGGGGGGUCGGCCUCGGAGCCCACAGCAGCACACUCCCAAGGACCCGGUGGUCUCCAUCGGCUUCUACUGCACCAAGGCCUCCGUCACAUUCAAGCUGACCGAGACGCAAGCAGAGAGCAGCUACUACAGCCCCCAGAAGGUGAAGUCCAGAGAGGUGCUUUGCCUGGUGCAGGAGGGAAUCACCAUAGAGGUGCUCAUGAUGGGAGAGCCCUUCUUCAACUGUCAGAUCGGCUUCGUCGGCUGCCGGGCACUCUGCCUGAAAGGGAUCAUGGGAGUGAAGGACUUUGAGGAGAACAUGAACAGAUGCGAGGAGGAUGCUGUGUUCUUCAGCUGUGGCGAGACCCUCAGCAGCAAGGGGAUGACCUACCUGACCAACUCCCUGUUCGACUACCGCAGCCCGGAGAACAAUGGCGUCCGAGCAGAGUUCAUCCUGGACGCCAACCACCACAAGGAGACCUACACAGAGAUAGCCGGCAUGCAGCGCUUCGGAGCUUUCUACAUGGAUUACCUUUACACAAUGGAGAACAACAGUGGCAAAGACUGUGUAGGGCAGCAGGACUUCUCGGCGGUGAGUAAGGAGGAGGUGGCCGUCCCGGUGCAGGAGACCUCGGUGAAGAGGCUGGUGGUGGGGCCGCUGGACAUCCGGCUCCACAGCGGCGCCGUGCACCGCAUCCUGAAAAUGGUGGCCUGCGCCCUGGACCACGAGUACGAGCCCUACUGCAGACCUCAGCCAGAUGUGGUGGAGGACGGCCGCGCCCCGCCCGGUCCGGAAGAGGUGGCCGCCCUGGAGGAGUUCAUCCCCACGCGCCUCACCUGCGUCACCCUGCUGAAGGUCUCCGUCACCGUCUCCAUGGCCGAGUUCAACCUGCUGGACUGCCUGCUCCCCGUCAUCCUGGGACAGAAGGGCUCUGCCGCUGCGGUGAGCGCGCCCGUCUUCCAGCCCGUCAGGCCGCUGCCGGCCGUGCGCGUCCAGGUGGACAAGGUGAACCUGGAGCACUCCGUCCCCAUGUACGCCCCCGAGCUGGUCAGCACCGUCAGCAGCCUGAGCCAGCCCUCCGACAACCUGCUGCACCACUGCUACGCCCACUGCUACCUCAAGGUGUUUGGCUUCCAGGCUGGUUUGACCUGCAUGGAGAGCGACGGCUCCUUCCUCCCGCUCAUUCCCAUCAUCCCCUCCUUCAGCACUGCACUGUACGGCAAACUGCUCCGGCUCCCUGCAUACUGGACCAAGAGGUCUUUUGUUCCCAUCACAGAGUGCAUUUUUGAACUCCCCCACUUCACGAUACAAGCCACCAGGGCCCAGACACUCCUGCUGCAAGCCAUCUGCCAGAGCUGGACCCACAACCUGGGAAACGGAGCCUCCCCAGGGGUCAAUGAAGCUCUGCUCAACGAGGUCUACAAAGCGUCAGGUGCGAAGCCCCCGAGCCCGGCGCCGACCCUGGAGGGCUCGGUCCAAAACGUGGAGCUGAAGUACUGCAGCAGGGCGAGCGUGCGCUGCGCCUCGGGGACCGUGGGCGCCGUAAAAGUGUGUGCCAGAACCCCAGGGGCGGCCGAGGGCGAGAAGGAGAAGUUGGUCCCACUCAUCCAGGGCCCGUCCGACACAAAGGAGCUGCACAUGAGGAGGUGGCUGAACGAGAUCCGCAAGCCCGAGUCCCUGCUGGCCCCGGACCUCCUGGCCUUCUCCGUGCAGGUGCCUCAGCAGGGAGAAGACUGCCGCAACUCAGGUGCCGUGCUGCUGGUCAGUGUCCAGGGCGUGGCAGUGAACGUGGACCCUGUCUUUUGUACUUGGCUCCUCCACCAACCCCAGAAGGGGAGCAGCAGACUACAGCAGCAGACCCCUGGAGCGGCCCCCGUCGGAGUGCCAGCGGCCAAGAGGAGGGAGGAUGAGGCAUCGGUGGGCAGCACGCCCCUCGUCAAGCCGCCCUCGAACCAGGCCUCGGACUACGCCAGCAGCCCCGUCAAGACCAAGACGGUCACAGAGUCCAGGCCCCUGUCCCUGCCCAUGAAGGUGAUGCAGGCCGCCCCGGAGCCUUGGGUGUCGUCCGAGGAGCGCAUGAAGGAGCUCAUCGCCAGGGUGUGGGACGCCGUCAAACGCCUCACCCUGCAGCUGGAGCUGCAGUCGUGCUGCGUGUUCCUCCCCAACGACAGCCUGCCGUCGCCCAGCACCAUCGUCUGCGGGGACAUCCCAGGGACCGUGCGCAGCUGGUACCACAACCAGGCCAGCAUGCCGGGGACGCUGGUGGUCUGCCUGCCCCAGGUCAGCGUCCUGAGCGCCGGGCACAAGUACAUGGAGCCCCUGCAGGAGAUCCCCUUCGUGGUGUCCAGGCCCAUCCUGGAGGAGGGCGACGCCUUCCCCUGGACAGUGAACCUGAGCCAGUUCAGCGUCUACACCCUCCUGGGGCAGCAGCGGUCCCUCAGCCUGCUGGAGCCAAUGGGCUGCACCUCCACGCUGGCUGUCACCACCCACAAGCUGCAGGGGGCGGGGCCUGAGGGCAGACACGCCUUCAUCGUCUGCCUGCACGUGGACCUGGAGCCACUGCACCUCAAGUGCUCCAACCCGCAGGUGCAGCUGCUGUACGAGCUCUUCCACAGCUGGAGCUCCACCUGGUCCCGCCUGCAGAGGAGGGGCUUCCUGAGGCAGACGUCCAGCUACCCCGAGCCGCCCGCGGGCGCCGCCCCGCCCUCGCCCGUCCGCAGCAGCGCGGGCACCGCGCCCCCCGACACCAGCACCUGCAGCCCCUCUGCCGACUUCGGCUCGCCCACCGAGGGGGACUCCGUGCCAGCGGGGGACGACUCCCCGUUCUCGGACACGGUCACCCUGGAGCAGAAGACCAGCAGCAUCGGAGGUGCCAGCGGGAAGGUCAGCCUCUGGAUGCAGUGGAUGUUGCCAAAAGUCACCGUCAAGCUGUUCGCGCCUGAUCCCGCCGCCAAAAGAACAGAGAUCUGUGUGAUCGGAGAGCUGGAAGACCUCAGUGCCUCAGUGGAUGUCCAGGACGUAUAUACCAAGAUCAAGUGCAAAGUGGGGAGCUUCAAUAUCGACCACUACAAGAGCAGCCCAGAGGAAGGCCCGCGCUGUCUGGGCCGAUGCGGAGGCGCGGUCCUCUCUUGCACUGACAAGCUGAACAGACGCACUGUGCUGGUUCGACCCGUCAGCAAGCAGGACCCUCUCAGCCACUUCUCUGGCUUUUUUCCUCCUACGGCGGCCAAGGUGCUAGAGGUGUCCCACCAGCAGCACGGCUUCCUGUCAAUAACCUACACCCAGGCGGUCACCAAGAACGUGCGGCACAAGCUGACCACGCGGCAGGAGCGGGGGUCACGCGGGGUGCAGAGGCUGACGGAGGGGCCGGCCGACGGCUCGCCACAGUACCUGCGCGAGAUCCUGCUCACCGCCCAGCCCUUCGAUGUGGUGCUCUCCUGCCCCCUGCUGGCCACCGUGGCUGGCGUGUUCCAGGCCACACUGCCCCGCCGUUACCGCGACAAGGGCAGGUCCGCCGGCCAGCCCAUGAGGAGCCACGCCCUCACCUCCCGCAGCCUGCCCCUCAUCUACAUCAACACCAGUGUCAUCCGCAUCUUCUGCCCUGGCAUGCAGGACAAGCAGCCAAUCACAGAAUCCCACCUGAAGAAAGAGGACACCCUGGUGCUGAAGAUUGGCUCUGUCAGCAUGGCCCCCCAAGCUGACAACCCCCUGAGUCGAACCGUGCUGCGCAAGGACAUCUAUCAGCGGGCCCUUAAUCUGGGCAUACUGCGGGACCCGGGCUCAGAGGUGGAGGACCGGCAGUACCAGGUGGACCUGCAGUCCAUCAAUAUUGGCACCGCCCAAUGGGAGCAGCUCAAGCCCGAGAAGGAGGGGGCCAAGGGGGGCGCACUGGCGGAGAGCGAGAGGAACUCCCAGAAUCCAGCGCUGGAGUGGAACAUGGCCAGCAGCAUCAGAAGACACCAGGAGAGACGGGCCAUCCUAACGCCCAUCCUGACCGAUUUCUCCGUGCGGGUGACCGCCGCGCCCGCCAUCAUCUUCAGCAAGCCCGUCUCGCCUGACAACGCCCAGGUGGAGGAGAUCGUGGUGUGCGGCCAUUCCCUGGAAGUGAACAUGACCACAAGCCUGGACUUCUUCCUCAGCGUGGCACAAGUUCAGCUCCUGCAGCAGCUGCUCCGCGCCAACGUGGUGGGGAACGAGGGUCCCGAAAAAACCGCCGAGGUGUGGCGCCACGAACAGCAGCUAAGCUGUGCCUCCCGGCCCAGCGCGGUGGACACGUCCUCCCGCCACAGCGGGGCGCAGGACAGCGGCUUUGGCAGCGACAGCGCCCGCAUCCGCAUCGUGCAGAUCGAGCAGCAGAGCGGCGCCAGCCACCACCGCAUCGCCCGGCCCUCCCGCAAGUCCACCAUCACCAAGAACCUCAGCUUCAUCCCCUUCGACAUCUUCCUCACCGCCAGCCGCGUCUCCCUCAUGACCUACGCCUGUGUGGACGCCCCCAAAGCCCGGCCCGACCCCGCCCCCUCGCCCGGCCCCACCUCCCCCGAGAAGAAGGAGGGCGAGAAGGUGGGGAAGAGCGCCCUCAACAUGCCGGACGGCGAGCGUGCCGACGCCCCCGCCGACCCCGCCCUCGCGGGCAUCUCCGCGCUCACCGCCGAGGACCUCCUCAACGGCAACGCGCCCGCCCCGCUGGGGGCGCGCGUGGGCGGCGGCCUUCUGUCCCUGGAGAGCCUGCACGCCCCCAGCCGCUCCUCGGCUCGCCAGGCCCUGGGCGUCACCAUCGUCAGGCAGCCCGGCCGCCGCGGUGCCGGGGACGUCCUGCUGGAGCCCCUCCUCUACCUGCAGGUGUUCCAGCCCUCCGCCCUGCUCAGCUGCCACCACCGCAAGCAGAGGAUGGAGCUGUCCGUCUUCGACGUGGCCCUCAAGGGCGUGGCCUCUGACUACAAGUGCCUGGACCCAGGGAAGACGCUGCCGGAGGCGCUGGACUACAGCGUGUUCUGGCUGCAGACGGUGGCGGGGGAGGCCGACGGAAAGACGGGGAUCCCCCCUCCCCUCCUCGCGCUCCAGAUCAAGGACUUCCUCAACGGGCCAGCGGAGCUGAACGUGGAGCUGUCCCGCCCCCUGAAGGCCAACCCAACCCUGGCCAAGCUGGAGCAGGCUAAAGCCUUCCUGGCAAGGGUCUUCCCAGAGGCUGAAGGCGAGGCUGCCAGAGCCCCUGCGACCCCCCAGUGCUCCCCCGGCAAGGCCGCGGCCUCCAGGACACCCCCCCGCCCCGAGAGUGCCCCGCAGACCCCCGCCUACCAGCGUGCCACGGGCCGGGCAGGCACCCUGGCCGCACUGGCCCCCUUCCACAGGGUGUCCCUCCGCACGGCGCAGAUGGUGGUCGUCCUGGAGACGGAGGCUCACCCGGCCCGGCCCAGCCUGACGGUGUCCGUGUCGGGGAUGACUGGGAGCCUCUCCAUGAGAACCGGGCCCAAGGUGGCCGACCCGGUGCAGGCGGCCUCCUUCCUGCUGGAGCUGCAGGAUGUCCUGCUGAAGACCGGGCUCAGGGAUCGCAGCCGGGUGCUGCUGGGCCCCUUCUGCUGCAGCGCCGACCUGGAGGCCAAAUGGUGCCGUCACAGCGGGAACGCCGGGCCGGAGCAGGGCCCGCCCAAACUGCUGCUGGACCUCAAGGGGGGCCUUCUGCAGGUCUUCUGGGGGCAGGAGCAUCUGAACUCUCUGGAGCUGGUGCGGGACCACCUGCAGAGCUACCUCCAGGGGGACGGUGCACCCGAGGCCGGGCCUGAGGACACGCCCCAGCAGACGCAGCCCCCGCCCUCCCCUGGCCCCCACACCCCCAAGACCGAGCACAGCUCUGACGACCUCCGCACCGGCCUCUUCCAGUACAUCCAGGACUCAGCCUCCAAGAAGCUGCCCGGCACGUACGAGGUGGUGUUCUAUAAUGAGACGGACGACAACCCCGGGGUCAUGCUGUGGAGGUACCCCGAGCCCCGUGUGCUCACCUUCGUCCGGAUCACGCCCGUCCCCUUCAACACCACUGAGGACCCCGACAUCAGCACAGCUGACCUGGGGGACGUGCUGCAGGUGCCGUGCAGCCUGGAGUACUGGGACGAGCUCCAGCGCGCCUUCGUCCCGUACCGCGAGUUCAGCCUGUCGGAGAGCAGCGCGUGCGAGCUGCAGCUGCCCAGCGUGGGCCUGGCCAGCGAGCAGAAGGAGCUGGUGGCCUCCGACCUCUGGAGGAUCGUCCUGAACAGCUCGGCAGACGGAGGGGACGAGCAGAGUUCAGACAGCGAAUCGGGGUCCCAGCUCCCCUGUGACCAGCUGGUGUCCCCCACCGCGCUGGCGGCCUGCACCCGCGUGGACUCGUGCUUUGCCCCCUGGUUCGUGCCCUCCGUGGGCGUGUCCCUGCAGCUGGCCCAGAUGGAGCUCCACCUCUGCCACCACCUGGAGCAGCUGGGCACAGCUCCCGCAGAGCGACUCCGCCCCUUCCUGCCAGACAGGAAGCUGCCGCAGGAGCAGGAGUACCUGGUGGUGGGGGCGAGGGAGCCGCGGGUGUACCUGCGGCAGUGGAGCAGCGGCGCGCAGCAGUGCCAGGAGUUCCAGUUCUCCACGGAGCUGGACUGCAGGCUGCUGGAGUACCGCAACCUCACGCUGCUGCGGCUGGUGCAGCCCUUCACCCUGCAGGGCCAGGCUGCCGCCUCCCGCUGCCCCCGGCAACAGCUGCUGGACGGCAACGUCUUCGUCGACCCCGUCUUCAUCAACGUCAGCCAGUACACCGUCCACACCCUGGAUACCGCCCUGCAGGCUUGGAAGCAGAACCAGGUCCCAGACGCAGAGGAGCUGGUGUUCAGCCACUACGUGAUCUGCAACGACACCCACGAGACCCUGCGCUUCGGCCAGGUGGACACGGAUGAAAACGUCCUCCUGGCCAGCCUUCACAGCCACCAGUACAGCUGGCGCUCCCACAAGUCCCCUCAGCUGCUGCACAUCUGCAUCGAGGGCUGGGGGAACUGGCGCUGGUCCGAGCCCUUCAGCGUCGACAACGUGGGGACCCUGCUGCGGACCAUCCAGUACAAAGGCAGGACCGCCUCCCUCAUCAUCAAGAUCCAGCAGCUCAACGGGGUGCAGAAGCAGAUCGUGAUCUGCGGCCGGCAGGUGAUGUGCAGCUACCUGAGCCAGGACAUCGAGCUGCGGGUGGUGCAGCACUACGUGGGGCCGGACGGGCAGACGGUGGUGAAGGAGCACGCCGACUGCCUGGCCGCCGGCCGCAAGCUGCCCUCCUACGUGCUGGAGGACGCGGAGAUGACGGAGCUGUGCGUGCGCGCGCGCGGGGACGAGGACUGGUCUCAGGAUGUCCGCCUGGAGCGCCAGGAGAAGGGGAACAGCUCCGUGGUGCAGGUUCCCUGUUCCAACGGCUCCUUGCUCUACGUCUGGUGCACCCUCCUCACCAUCGAACCCGACUCUCACAUGCAGCAGAGGGUGGUGGUGUUCAGCCCCCUGUUCCUCAUGCGGAGCCACUUGCCUGAUCCCGUCAUCAUCCACAUUGAGAAGAGGAGCCUGGGCCUGCGAGAAAGCCAGAUGAUCCCAGGACAGGGCCAUGAGGAACCCCUGCUGAACGUGGAGUCUGACCUCACCCACCACCUCACCUUCCAGGCCAGGGAGGAAGACGACCCCUCGCAAUGCGCCGUGCCCAUCUCCACUGGCCUCAUCAAGCAGAUUGUCAACAAGACUGUGGGCGGGGACAGCCAGGGGCACAUCCUGUCUGACUUCUAUGGGGAGAAGAGCUCCACCCAGCCCCCGUGGCCCUACGUCAGCAAAGACUCCGACAGGCCGGGCUCAGAGACACUCACUCAGUGGGACAGCCCCAUGCAGGUGAAGCUGUCUGCAUGGAAACCAGGCCUCAACACGCUGCUGAUCGAGCUCCUGCCCUGGGCCCUGCUGGCCAACCACUCCCAUUGGGACCUGUGGCUGUUUGAGGGCGAGAGGAUCGUGCUGCAGGUCCCUGCUGGGAAGGUCAUCGUGCCACCAAACUUCAAGGAGGCGUUCCAGAUCGGCAUCUACUGGGCCACCACCAACACGGUGCACAAGUCCACCGCCCUAAAGCUGGUGCACGACCUCACAUCCCCGCGCUGGAAGGAGGGCGCAGGCGGGGAUGUGCUCACCCUGGAUGAGGAGGGCUUCGUGGAGGCCGAGAUCACGCUGGGAGCCGCCCCCAGCCACCAGAAGCUGUGCCAGUUCUGCGUGUCGUCGUCGGUGAGACACGGCAUCCAGAUCCUGCAAAUUGAGGACAGGACCGUCCUGGUGAACAACACGCCCCACUGCGUCUACUACAGACCCCUGCUGUGUGACCACGCCCUGGGAUCUGCAGACCAGCCUUAUGACCCCCCUGACACGACGGUCUUUGCCCUGCCGCCGGGGGGCACCCAGGCAGCCCCCCAGCCCGUGUCCGUGCCCUGCUGGGACCUGCUGAGAGAGGGCACCCCGGCCGAGGCGGAGGCCCCGCUCCCCCUCAGGCAUAUGCUCUUCAGCUCCGCCCCAGGGGCGGAGUCCGGUGGCGGGGCCUGGAGCCUGCCGGCCCCCAUCCGGCCUGACUUCCCCCGGCAGAGUGUGGCUGUGCCCACAGGGCCCUGCCCCCACACUGGCCUGCUCACCAGGCCGUUGGUGCUGACCUACCAAGAGCACAUGGGUGUCACCUACGUCACGCUGAACGAGGACCCCUGCCCCCGCAUGCUCAUCCACAACAAGUGCCCCAUCCCGCUCCUGCUGAAGGAGAACCACAGAGACACCCCCAGAACGCAGGUGUACUGUCGGCCGGUCCCUGCCACCUCCUCCCUGCACCACGAGCUGUACCACCAUUUCUCCAGCUUUCCUGACUGCCGGCAGAGAGAGGCCCUGCCCACGCUGCUGCUGAGGGCCACGCCCCCUGUGCAGUGCUCUGAGGAGUGGACCGACCCCAUCGACAUCAACUGCCCCGGCACUCAGGUGGUGUUCCUCCCAGGGUUUGGCUGUCUGUAUGUUGACGUCCUGCACCACAGUGGUACAAUAACACUCACACUGGCACCAGAAGGCAGAGCUGACUCUGUCAUCAGCCAGCACCACAGGACGUCCAGCCAGGCGCUGGCCUUCAGAGUGCUGCUGAGCGAGGCCAGCGUGGCGCUGCGUGAUGACAUCACCAGCGCGACAGGCUCGGUGGAGCUGCUGAGGCUCACACUGUCCAAGCUGCUGCUGAACCUGGCGCCCGCGGAGCCGGCGGCGUCCCAGGCGGGGCUGCCCGAGCCCUGCGGCGUGGAGCUGCAGCUGCACUGCGCCAGCCUGCAGGUGGACAACCAGCUGUACAACCGCGCCAGCUUCCACUUCCCCGUGCUGCUGUGCCAGGAGCAGAGGGCGGAGCCGGCCCCCUGGAGCUGCGAGGCCAACCCCACCCUGUCCCUGCAGGCGCUGGAGGACUACAAGAGCGGCUGCUUCCUGUCGCUGGGCCUCACGCUGUCGGGCGACGGCCGCCACCGCCUGGAUGAGCUCACCUUCCAGCUGAAACCCGCGCGCCUCUACCUGGAGGACACCUUCGUCUACUACAUCAAGACGCUGUUCUACACCUACAUCCCGGACACGGCGCUGGGCGGGGCGGGCGGCGGGCGGAGCGGGCAGGCGCUGCCGGAGCCCGUGCGGCAGUCGGUGCGGGCGCUGGUGUCCCCGCUGCAGCUGCAGAGGCUGUGCAUCCAGCCCGUCAGCCUGCUGGUCAGCAUCCACGCCUCGCUCAAGCUCUACAUCGCCUCCGACCACACGCCCCUGUCCUUCUCCCUGUUCGAGAGGGGCCCGCUCUGCACCACCGCGCGCCAGCUGGUGCACGCACUCGCCAUGCACUACGCCGCCGGAGCACUCUUCAGGGCCGGUUGGGUGGUGGGCUCCCUGGAGAUCCUGGGCAGCCCUGCCAGCCUGGUGCGCAGCAUUGGGAACGGCAUCGCCGACUUCUUCCGCCUGCCUUAUGAGGGCCUGACCCGGGGGCCCGGGGCCUUCGUCAGCGGGGUGUCCCGGGGGACCACCUCUUUCGUCAAGCACAUCUCCAAAGGCACCCUGACCUCCAUCACCAACCUGGCCACCAGCCUGGCGCGGAACAUGGACCGGCUGUCCCUGGACGAGGAGCACUACACCCGGCAGGAGGAGUGGAGACGCCAGCUGCCCGAGAGCCUGGGGGACGGCCUGAGACAGGGGCUGUCCCGCCUCGGCAUCAGCCUGCUGGGGGCCAUUGCUGGCAUUGUGGACCAGCCCAUGCAGAAUUUCCAGAGGACGUGGGAGAUGCAGGGGUCUGCCGGCAGCAAGGCCAAGGGCGUCAUCUCCGGAGUUGGGAAAGGCAUCGUGGGAGUCUUCACUAAGCCUAUAGGGGGAGCUGCUGAGCUGGUUUCUCAGACUGGAUAUGGUAUCCUGCAUGGGGCGGGGCUGUGGCAGCUACCCAGGCAGCUCUACCUGCCCAUAGAGGAGAAGUCGGCCCAUGCGCCCAACAGCCACGUCAAAUACGUGUGGAAGAUGCUGCAGUCCCUGGGCCGGCCGGAGGUGCACAUGGCGCUGGAGGUGACGAUCGUGAGCGGCUCGGGCCAGGAGCACGCGGGCUGCCUGCUGCUGACGGGGGAGGUGCUGUUCGUGGUGAGCCUGAGCGAGGACACGCAGCAGCAGGCCUUCCCCAUCACUGAGGUGGAGUGCCAGCAGGAGCCCGGCCAGCAGGGCCUGCUCACCCUCACCCUGCGCCAGCAGAGGGUCACCAGCGACACCGAGGGUGACAGCGGCAGAGAGCGGCUGUCGGAGCAGCAGUACCGCCGUCUGAUGGACUACGUGACCCGGGCGUCUCAGCACCUGUCCCCCUCCGGCUCCGCCCUGCAGCAGCAGGCCCCCGUCACGCCCGCCGAGCCUCCGCCCGCCGUCACCAAAACCUACCGCUACCUGGUGGAGCCGGCGUUCGCCCGCGUCUUCGUCAGCAAGUUCACCAUGGUGAAGAACAAAGCCCUGAGGAUCGGUUUCCACUAACCCUCACCUGGCAUUCCAGGGCCGAGGCCCCGCCCACCUUAUAUACCUGUAGUUGUUCCCAUUGCGUCACCUACUGCUCAGACUACAUGUGCAUCGUCCAGCAGUGGAAAGAAGGGACGGAACCUGCAAUAAUGGCGCUCAGCGCACACUACUAUUGGAUCGAAGAAGGGAAGAAUUUAAUCCUUUAGGCAGAAGAACUUUCAAAUACUUUAUUUUGUUGGCAGGAAAUCUGUUCACAUGGAUGGUUGAAAAGUUUUGGUAUUAAACCUGAUAUAGAUGCUUUUCUCAAACACUAAGGAUUUAGAGAAUCAACUCUGGCUGACACUUAAUGCUCAGCAUUAAGUUGGCUUAAUUUGAAUUUCUGUUUGAUAGGUGCAUAAAAUAUUUUUCAGUAUUCUUCUGUUCCGUUUACAACCCACAUGUGCUUCUGGGUAGAAAUUAUGCACACUAUUUUGUUUUUCCAUGCCAAUGUAUGUGCAAUAUAUCAGUGCACUCAGUUUAAGAACAGCGUAUAGUUUCGACCCAAGCUUUGACCAAAAUAUGCAUUUGCUUUUGUCUUCUAUGUGUAUGAAAGUUCUGAUGCCUCGAAGGGUCAAGGCAUUUUGGAGUCACCGAAAGGCUCCAUUGUGGCUUGACUUUUUUGUUUUCAUUCAUCUCUGCCAAGUGUGCCCAUAGGAGAAAGGUUUAUAUUA